GGACGAUCGGCAAUAGGGAAAUCAACGGUAACAACAGCUGCUGUAGGAGAAUUUCGUCCAACGAAUGGCCAACUCGACAUUUUAAAAACCAAAUAUGCGUUUAUUUCGUUGGAUCGCAUUGUUGAAUCGAAACAGUUGGACGGGUACGAAAAUCGUGUUCGGGAAAGUCAUUCGGUUGUGACAAAUGCAUACAUAUAUGUGUAAUUAGAAAAUUUAUAAAAUAAUAUUGAGGCUUUUAUUAAAAUUAAAAAACAGUAGUUAAACUUAAAUAUAUACAUAUGUAUAAAAAUCACCGUUAAAUUAUAAAAGCACCUUGAAGGCGUUCGUUUGAAUCAGAUUGUACCACAUUUUACAGACAAAAGUGAGUUCAUGCGUUUGAUUUGUUGGUGUAUCCACGGAAAAUGUGUUCAUUGUCUGCUUUGAAGUGUCCGCUAUGUGCACAGACAAACUUUCCCAAUAUCGAUGCUUUGCGUAUGAGUUUAAUAAAAGCCGCAAAUGGACCUUUGGCCUGUCCAAUUUGUCAUGAACUGUUUUUGGGUUUGGACAAGUUAACUAUACACUUAUUCAGCCAUACCACAAUAAUGAUGACCGAAGCGUCAAAAGAUUUGAUCGCUUCAGAUACAAAAGGACAAGAACAAGAAAUAAAAAAGGUAGCAGCAAAAUCGGAAAAUAAAUUGCAAGCCGAAGAAACGGUAGGAAUUUCUCCAAACACCGAACUCAAACGUACAAACAAUGAAAGGAAAACAAAGAAGACUCGACAAAUUAUUGACGAUAAGACUUUAACGGUGCAAAAUGAAAAUUCGAAUAAUAGUAAAAACGGUAUAACUGUCAAACCAUUGGAUAGUAAACUAUCUACGUGUGACAUAUGUGAGUUUACAUUUCGUGAUGAGGAACUGCGUGAUAUGCACUUUCGCCUGGUGCAUCAGAAUGUAAACCACAAUAGCAAUGAGCUCGCCGCAAAUUCGUCCCUCCCUUCAGAUGUGGAGUUCAAAUGUCACCUUUGCUCGAAAACAUUUAAAAUGAAGGGUUCGCUACGUGUACAUCUCAAAGUGGUCCAUCUUAUGUGCCUAUCAAACUCGGGUAACAGUCCAAAACUCAGCAUAUGCGAUCGUAUACGUCAUAAGGAGACCAAGGUUGCAGCCACAACCAAUAAGACUAUACCUGGUGUCACGUCGUUGAAAUUGGAAAAUACAACUGCACCAAUAUUACAGUCAUCAGCAACGCAACAUACAUUAGCGUUAACUGCAAAUCCACCACAAACGGUACCGCAGGUGGCCAACGGCUUUACAUUCGGCACUUUAACAUUGUUGCCGGCACCAGCAGUUACGGCUAAUCCGACGGGAAGUGUGUUAAAUUUAAAUAGUAACGGUGAAAUAUUACGUACUGUGGAUGGUGCACCGUUAAAUUCGAAUGUUUUAUUGGUAAUUAAUACAAAUUCAGCGGCAGUGCCCAGUGCCGAACCUGGCGCUGUUGUGUCUAACGUGUUGGCGAACGGUGGCAUAGACCUCCUGGAGCAGCAAGGUAGAAACAAUGCAGAAAAUAACAAAUUGUGGAAGUGUGAUGAAUGCUCAAAGACUUUCACAACGAAAUAUUUCCUUAAAAAGCAUAAACGUUUGCAUACGGGUGAGAUGCCAUAUACAUGUGAGAUUUGUGCGCGUACUUUUACCUUCCAACAAUCAUAUCAUAAACAUCUUUUGUACCACAGUAACGAAAAACCACAUGUUUGCUCCACUUGCGGCCGGGCUUUCAAGGAACUGUCCACGCUACAUAAUCACGAACGGAUACAUAGUGGUGAGAAACCAUUUAAGUGUGAAGUUUGUGGUAAAUGCUUUCGUCAACGAGUUUCCUUUCUGGUACAUACACGUAUUCACACAGGCAUUAUGCCGUAUAAAUGUGAAGUCUGUCAAAAAAGUUUCCGAUAUAAGGUCUCGCAAAGAACGCACAAAUGUCAGCCGUCACAGUGUUUUUCAGAUGAGGUAGAGGAUACAAAGUUGGAAAAUGCUGAUGGCACAAUUACAGAUAAACAUACGCUCGAUCACACCACCGAUGAUAUAUCAGAAAGUUUCAUUAAAGAAUUUCUAGAGAAUACGAGUGUGAAUAUCAACGAAGCACAGAAUUCACCAGCCAGCGCUGAAAUCGCAGCCAUCAAUGCUGCGAACGAUUGUAACGGUAAUGUUGAUGAGGCGCUACUAACUAAGGCGAUCGAUGAUAUAGUUGUUGAAUCCUGUAAUAAAAUGGGAAUUGGAAAUCAAGGUGCUGUUGGUCAAAAUCUAACAUCUAGUCAUAUGCAUACUGCGUUGGCUUCUCCGCUAGCCUGUAGUGAUGAUUGCAAUUCACCAACACAGAAAUUGCAAAAUAUGAGGUUAUACUCACCUCAACUAGUCGAAAGCGUGAGCGAAUAUGUGAGUGACAGCGUAGAUAAUAUGUAUCGUAGGUUUCUAAUGGAUGAAUCAGAGAAUAAUAUGCUCUGAUACUCGUAGCCAUUAAUAUGCAACUUAUUUUUAUUUUUGCAUAUCAUUUUUAGCAUUUCUUGAAAAGGAUGCAGUGAUUACUGUAAAUUAUACAAUUACCAAUUUAAGUAAUAUAA